CACUGCCUGUGCACUCGGCGCCCUCUCGUCGUAUAUGGGGGAAGGAUCCGACGGCCCAGCGCGACGCCCGCAGUGUUCUCUCCCUCCCCACCUCGAUCUCUCUCUCUCGCUUCGUGGCUCUUCUCUCCUGCGACUGCGAGAGGAAUCUCCCACUCAGUCCCAGAUUGUUUCUGUGCGGCGACAGCGUCGCUGCGUAGCUUCUGAUAUCUUUGCCGCCGCUGUGUUUGGCGCCAUUGACGCAGCCGCAUCCACUCCUCGACCAGACAAGGGAGGCCUUUCUCUCUGUGCUAUCUCCAAAGGCUUCUGAGUCGAUUCAGAGGCAGAGCUCGAAACCGAAAGGGCGGCGAAGGUGAAGCCGACCGGCGGGCUGCAAAUUGCGCUCGUUCGCUCACCGGCGACGUGGAGGAGAAGGCGCCGGAGAGAGAGGAAGAGGAGGCGGAGCAACCCGGUCAGCGCGCGCGUAGGUGGUUUGGGUACGCACACUGUUUACACGGCGAGCAAACUCGGAGGAGAGAGAGAGCUGUGGCUAACGUAGCUAUCUGGGGGCCGUCAGUUACCUUUCGAUACACAAGGUGAGAUUGUGGGGGGAGCGAUUGACUACUGAUUGAUCCGUCUCGUCGUCGUCGAUCGAGGAGAGGGAGGCAGAUAGGGAGAGGGGGUCAGAGAAGAUGCUGGCAUGCAUCGCGUGCUCCUCCAAGGAAGGCGGGGAGGACGGGUCCCGUGGCGCGGCCACGCCUCACGGCAGAGAUGCCGUCAAGUCCCUCACCUCACAGCUCAAGGACAUGGUGCUCAAGUUCUCCGGCUCCAACAAGCAUCAGCACUACAAGGCGGCGACGGCCGGUAGCCCUUCGUUCAGGAGCAGGAGCUACCGCCGUCCGUACCCGGGCUUCAUCGAUGACUCCGCGUUCAUGACGACGACCAGGCCUGGAGGUGAGGCCUACAUGUACACGAGAGCGGCGCCGCCGCCGCCCGUCCGGGCCGCGUCGACGUCGAUGGCGACAUGGGACAUGACCAGGAGCAAGAGCAACCGAGGGUGGCAGCAGGAUGCCGGCAGGAGCCCCGGCGGCACGACGUGGAUACAGAGCAUCGAGGAGGAGGCCGGCGCCGACGACGUCACCGUCGUGGAGGAUGCCGUGCCGAGGGAGUGGACGGCGCAGGUGGAGCCCGGCGUCCAGAUCACCUUCGUCACGCUCCCCGGCGGUGGCAACGACCUCAAGCGCAUCCGGUUCAGCCGAGAGAUUUUUAACAAGUGGGAGGCGCAGCGUUGGUGGGGCGAGAACUACGACCGCAUCGUCGAGCUGUACAACGUGCAGACGUUCAGCGGCCGGCAGCAAGGCGUGUCCACUCCCACGUCCUCCGUCGACGACUCUAUUCUGAGAGAAUCAUCGUUCUGCUCCAGGGGCGGAUCGACCCGGGAGAGUCCGGUCGUGACGCCGGCGACGUCGUCGUCGCUGGCCAAAGAGCCGAUCGCAAGGAGCAUGUCGUGCAAGGCGAUGGCGGCUUCGGCGUCUAAUUACGCCGCGGCGGCGGCUUCCACAAGAGCGGCGUGCUACCCAUCGGUGGCAGUGCCCGACCCGUCCGACCACGUGUGGGCGCACCACUUCAACAUGCUCAACUCCGCUGCGGCCGGCCCGUCCGCGGCGGGCGGCGGCGUCCCAUCGUUGUACGACCCGUCGCGGGGGACCACCUCGUCCCGCGACGAGGCCUCCGUGUCCAUCAGCAACGCGAGCGACAUGGAGGCGACCGAGUGGAUCGAGCAGGACGAGCCGGGCGUCUGCCUCACUAUCCGCGAGCUCGGCGACGGCACCCGCGAGCUCCGCCGCAUCCGGUUCAGCCGCGAGAGGUUUGGUGAGGACAGGGCGAAGGUUUGGUGGGAGCACAACAGAGACAGAAUACAAGCACAGUAUCUGUAACAAGGCAUGCAUCUAUGCAUGAGUCGAGCAGAUCAAGAGAAAAAGGGAGAUAGAUUAGGGAGAGGUGAUACCGCUGUUAGUUGCUGAUCGGUUAUCCUUGUUACAGUGCAAGGUAAAACAAAAUAGUGAAAGUUGGUAGGGAUAGGAGUGAAAUGUAUCUUUGAUGCUGUGUCCCUCUUUGUGUAGACAACAUAUAUAACGUGGUGAUGUGUUCUCACCUGGUUGCUGCAUUAAAUUUUUCUUGUAACGCAAAUCUUCAUAUUCGUUGGUUCAAUUUAUUCGUAAGCUUGUCAAAUCCUUUACCGGA